UUUUUAAUAGUGUAAGUAGUGUAAUACACUUUGACAUAACACAGAAAUACAACAUAGUGCCUGUAUCUGACUUACACUUCUCUACUUGGUUCUUAGUGUUAUACUUCAUACUAGGUAAACGAAAAAAUGAUUUUUAAAAUCACAUUUUUGUUGGCUUGUCUUAACAUUUUAGUAACAGCGCCAAAUACUCCAGGAGAGAGUUCUGAUGCCAAUGAAAAUCAACAGGAAAACACAGUCGAAUUGGAAGAGUUGUACGACGUGGAAGUUGUAUGGUCCUUAAAUUCUAUGCCGACGUUGGACGAGACAGAAGUUCACUUUAGCAGAAGUGACAUUAACCUUCUUACGGAAGACUGCGACCUCGACUUAAACUGUUUGGACCGGAAAAGAGCGUCCGUUAAGAAGUACCAGCAAAAAAUGCAAGCGAUCCAGUGUGUACACGGAUUGUUGGCUUUGAGAGUUUUGGACGAACUGCAAGCAAUCUUCGAAAGACCAUCAUCAUCGGACAUUGGGGCACAAGAAGACGAUCUUCGAAAUGCCAUUUUGAGACAUUUAAAUUAUCUGAAGAAAAUGCUGUGCCUGAUAAACAUGGCGCAAUUGGACGCUUACGCUUGGCAAAUUGAAAUAUUUACCUUUGUGGAGGGUCUUGCGGAUGGUGGCGAGACUAGCUUUAGUUUAUACGAAACAUAUUUCACACACAACAAAGAACGCAUGCGAGAAAAGCCUUUAUCGUUUGUCGGUCAAUGUGUCCAAGACAGAUAUUUACCGUCAACGACAGCAGUCAACAGUCUGGUCAAAGAUGUUUACUCGACGAUUGGGUCGUUGUACAACGGCUGCGCGUUAGACAGACAAGAAGACCGCUAUACACUGGAGAAUCUCAUGUUGUAUCAGCUGUAUCCAAAGCAAGAUUUCAUUUUCGAAUGGCCCAUGUAUCGCCACCGAACUGAUAUGGAAAACUUCCAACAACAGUGGGGCGAAUACAGCAUGUGGAAUGAUCCGCAAAAUUGGCGUCUCGUGAGGGCAUUGGAUCCGAUCGGCAGUAACAAGUACAAUGUGCUAAUUUCGAAAUGCAUCCAAAUAAGGGUCAUGUACUUUGUAUGGUUGCACUUGCAUGUAUACGGCGCCUUGAAAAGCCGACCUACUGGUGUAAACAAAGAAAUGCUCCAAAUGUGGAACGGGCUAGUCGCAAAUCUGAAAAAGAUCUUGCGGUUGCUUAGGUUCAAGGGAAACGUGUACUGGUCCGCAAUACACAUUAUGAUGGACGACUUGAAUAACAUUAGCCAAGGAAAACUCGCCGCACAGGAGGAGUAUACGAGAAAAUAUUUUUGUCAAGCUGUAGAAGAUCUAGGACUCGAUGAUGCAUCCGGCGUUAAUCAACAGUUAAUAGACUUAAAAGUUCCAGAAGAGCACGAUGACGUGUACGAAGAGAUCGAUGCCAAUUCUUACGCGCUAAUGAUUUUCAUUAUGAAAUUAAAAUAUUCAUUAUCACCAAUCAACGGCUCGUUUGUUCGUUUCAUAGUGUCUGCCGAAGGAAAUGAAGCCUUUUGUGUGCAUUAAAAGACGAUUUAGAAAUUGAAAAAUAAUAAAUAAUAAUAAUAAUAAUAAUACUGUAAUACAGUUUUCUAAUGAACAAUAAUAUUCUUCUUUUCUGUUUACAUGUAGUUAUCAUAAUCAUUUGUAUGCUGCACUAUUUUUUUCUUUAAUAUAAGCACUUAAUAAAUAACAAUAAUAAUUUUAUU